AUGGAAACCGAUACGGUCAUUGUCGGCAAUGGGCCGUCGGCUAUGAUCCUUUCGUACAUUCUACAUGGUCAUCUUCCCUUCUACUCAGAUAACCCUCCACACCCAGAUCCUUUACUGGAUGCCAAGUUGAAAGAUGCGCCUGACCUGUUACAUGCCGAUGUGGAUGCGUUGACGGCACAUUUCGCCGCCUCUCGUUUAUCAUACUCGACCCAGGCGUUACCCGUUAACGUGCUGUUGGACACGCUGGUGCGGCCUAGUGUCGACAUUGAUGAGACUGGCACCACUUCCAAUGUGGAAUGGCGUCAUGUACCUGAAAAAGCCGUCUCGCAUCUCGUCUUUGGAAAGCCUUCGUAUCCAGGAGGCCAAUGGACUGAAGAUCCCCAUGGGGCCAAUUGGGAUAUCCAAACCCUGAGCUAUGCAGCGAUGUUGUCACUCCCGGGCUACUCUUUCGCGGAUCACUACAGGAAGGCCACUGGUCACGACCUGCCACCCUACACACGGCCGACAAGGCGCGAGAUCGCUGACUACUUCGGUGCGUACCCCGCGGCGGUCGACAUCGACGACGUUUUCCGGUGUGGGGAAGAGCUGAAAGGCAUCUCCCGCACCACCGACGGCUUCUACAUUCAAUCCCACAAUCUCCAUUGCAAGCGCGUGGUGCUAGCUAGCGGGAUCUUUUCGGAAUUGCUACCGCCUACACCAAUCCUGAAACCCAUCUUUCAAACCUACUCGAGACCGGACACCCCCCUUCUCGUCAUCGGUUCUGGAUUUUCCGCCGCGGAUGCAAUCAUAUCUGCAUCGUCCGACCAGAAAAUAUUGCAUGUUUUCAAAUGGUCCCCUGAGGAUCGUCCAUCGCCUCUCAGGAGCUGCCACCAGCGCGCGUACCCGGAAUACGCCGGUGUGUAUCGAUUAAUGAAGCGAGCCGCCCUUGCCGCAAAUGCCACCAAAAGCCAGCCGCUGAAAAGCCGCCGCGGCAGUUCAACUCCCUUCCUGGAAAAUCGGAAUUGGGACGAUGUCUAUGAGGGUGUAUGUAAUGUGGAAAUCACCGACGUGAAGGUUGUGGGCGAAUUGGCUCAAGUCAGUUUCCGUCGCGCAGACGGUUCCUCGUUGACUCGUUCAGUGCGGGGUCUCGUAUACGCUGCUGGACGGCGGGGCACCUUGAACUACCUGGACACCGCGCUGCGAUCCGAGGUACUGGGACAUGAAAUGAUCGAUUUGGCGGUCACCGGUCAGACCCUUCGCGCGAAAGCGACUGAAGAUUUACAAGUUGCUCCUGGUGUGUAUAUAAUUGGCAGCUUGACCGGUGACUCCCUCGUCCGCUUUGCCUAUGGGGGCUGUGUCUCCACCGCAGGUCAUCUACUUGGUGAUCGAGACACCGACAGGGCAACGCGCAGUAUGCCAAGCAGCGUCGUGUCAACUCGCCCAUCCUCCUCCCUCGCCGUAAUGAAUGGGAUAGACGGUCAUCAUAUAUAUCACAAUGCCGGGUCUGAUCUGGCCAGAGAAGAUACUUCUAGCAAGGUGUCGACGACGACAAUACCCACAGCCGCGCAGAGCUGGUGGGAAACGCUGGCGCAGGUGUGGAAGGAUCUAACACAGUAA